CUCUCUGUAGAGCUAGAUACACAAAACAUGGCGAGGAUAGUUCCCAUGGCAUCAUCAAUUAAACCCUCCCUCACCUCUUUCAAAUUCUCUGCCACUUCUCGCUUCGCGCUUCCUCGAUCCGCCCCCAAUCUAUGCCGCAGCCUCUCAUCCUUGCACCUAUCCAGUGUAAUUCCGCAGCUGCAACCGUUUGGGCUUAGAACAUCUAAGCUGUUCAAAGAAGAUGUACGUAGCAGAUCAGUAACUGUUGCGGGAAAUGCGACUCAAGCAAGCAGCACAGCUACUACACAUGAAAAUGUUUUGGAGUGGGUUAAACAGGACAAGAGAAGAAUGCUCCAUGUUGUUUACCGUGUGGGGGACAUGGACAGGACCAUAAAAUUUUACACAGAGUGUCUUGGGAUGAAACUGCUGCGAAAGCGAGAUAUACCAGAAGAAAGAUACACCAAUGCAUUUCUUGGAUAUGGGCCUGAAGAUUCUCACUUUGUGAUUGAACUCACUUACAACUAUGGGGUUGACAAAUAUGAUAUUGGCAGUGGUUUUGGACAUUUUGGGAUUGCAGUGGAGGAUGUAUCAAAAACUGUAGAUUUGAUAAAAGCCAAAGGGGGUAAAGUAUCACGAGAACCUGGGCCCGUCAAAGGUGGCAAUACAGUGAUAGCAUUUAUUGAAGAUCCCGAUGGCUACAAGUUUGAACUUUUGGAGAGAGGUCCCACACCCGAGCCAUUAUGUCAAGUUAUGCUUAGAGUAGGAGAUCUUGAUCGUGCUAUUGAAUUCUAUGAGAAGGCUUAUGGCAUGGAGCUUCUUCGCAAGAAGGACAACCCUGAAUACAAGUAUACAAUUGCAAUGCUGGGUUAUGGUCCUGAAGAAAAAAAUGCUGUGAUGGAGUUGACAUACAAUUACGGUGUCACUGAAUAUGACAAAGGCAAUGCUUAUGCCCAGAUAGCAAUAGGGACAGAUGAUGUUUACAGAACUGCUGAAGCAGUUAAGCUAUGCGGAGGUAAAGUCACCAGAGAACCCGGGCCUUUACCUGGUAUCAACACAAAGAUUACUGCAUGCCUGGAUCCUGAUGGCUGGAAGACGGUUUUCGUUGAUAACAUUGAUUUCCUCAAGGAGCUGGAGUGAGCUACCCGUACACCAAACUUUACUUUCAAGUUCUUUGACUCAAAAUGAUAUUAGGUUCAGUUUUGUAGAUUAAGCAUUUGAUGCAUUCUAGUUCAUUUCUUUCUGUCCAUCAUUAGAUUAUAUUGUUAGCAAAUUACUGAAUAAUCAUAUAUUUUCUCUGUUCAAUUAGGUGAUUCAAUCACUAUCUCACAAUUUUCUUUCUAGUAAA